AUGGCUUCGGAGGACAUCUUCGGCGACGUAUUCAACCUCGAAGAGCAGUACUACCAAGAGGGCUACGACCAGGGCUUCAAGGACGGCGCCGAGGCGGGUAGGAUCGAAGGAUGCUCAGUCGGACUAAAGUCAGGCUUCGAGAAGUUCCUCGAGGCCGGCCGCCUACAGAGCAAAGCCCUAGUCUGGGCAAACCGGAUACCCAAUCUCCAGCAGCAGCAGCACGAGACAACAACACCAACAGCAAUAACGGAAGCUCAGGCCGACAAUAACCAAACCGGAAGUAAUGAGGAUACCUCCGAGGAGAAUGCAGCACGACUUCUGCCGCCUAUAAACAGCAACCCGAGACUGGAGAAGAACCUCACGACGCUGUAUGCGCUGGUGGAGCCCGGGACCCUGUCGACGGAGAAUGACGACGAGGCCGUCAACGACUUUGAUAGCCGGCUGAAGGGCGCCCAGGGGAAGCUGAAGAUGAUCGAGAGAGCGCUGGGUGAAGGGCCAGCUGGGAGGGGGCCUGCGAGCAGGCAGCCUGUGUCAUCCCAGAAGAAUGAGAACAUCGAAGAUGUUGGGAGGAUACCGCAGCAAAAGAAGGCGGCUGGAGCAAAUGACUGA